AUGUCAGAUAUCUUGCUGGCCGAAUUCACUCUGCGCCGAGCUCUUCGUGAGCACACCGGCGACUUGGUCGUCACCAGCAGUCCCCAUUUGCUGUGCAGCUCGUUGCCUAAGCAUUGGCGCUCCAACAAAUCCCUGCCAACGCCCUUCAGAGUGGUUAGUCUGAAACCCAUUCCUAAUGGUACCAAGGUCGCCCUGUUGGCAGGAAACGAGGAGCGGCCGUGUGCCGAGUUGAAGAACGCGGUGGCUGUGAUGCACAAUCAGGAGGCCAGGUUCAGCGACCUCCGUUUCCUGGGACGCAGUGGAAGAGGUUCACUGGAAUCGAAGGAGAUUGCCACGGAAACUGUGUCAGCGGAAACUGUGCUCUGUUUAAGCCAAUCGGCAGCUCUUCAAGUGGAAUCCUAA